CUAUCUUCACAGACAUACUGUUUAGUUCCACACUUUCUUAAAUUUUUUUAAUAUUAAUAAUUAAUCUUAUGAUCAUGAUUUCUACGGUGACAAGUAAAGGGAGAGUUUUAAUCGGAGGUGGAACAGGAUUUGUUGGAAAAUAUUUAAAACAAUACCUCAAGGACCAAAAUUAUGAUGUUACUAUUAUAUCUAGAAAAAACAAUAAGUUCAAUAAAUCUGAUUCUGUUAUAAGCUGGGAUCAAGUAAUAAGAAAUGAAAUUCCACUUGAUACAGUAGCUGUUAUUAAUGCAGCCGGUGAACCAAUUCUUGAACCUACAAAAUUAUGGACCAGCAAGUUUAAAAAAUCUGUAUGGGAUAGUAGAGUACUGACUAAUCAAUACCUCGUGAAUGCAAUUGAUAAUAUGAAUACACAAAAACCAAAAUUAUUUGUAUCAUUUUCAGGAGUAGGAAUAUAUCCACCAAAUACAGAUAAGUGUAAACCAUAUACAGAGAGCUAUGAUGUUAAAGAAUUUGAUUACUUAUCCAAAUUAGCAAUUGGGAUUGAAAAAAGUGCUAUACCAAAAUCAGAUKACGUACGCUCAAUAAUAAUUAGAUUAGGGGUUGUCCUUGGCCGACAUGGUGGAUUUGUAAGUCAGCUUUAUCCAUUCUUUCGUUAUGGUCUUGGAAUAUGUAUGGGUAAUGGUUCUCAGUUCUUUCCUUGGAUACACAUAGAUGAUGUAUGUCGUUUAGUGUUGUUUGCUAUAGAAAAUAAUGAGGUAGAGGGUAUUGUCAAUGGAGUCGCGCCUGAAAUAAUUACCCAUCAUUACUUUGCCAAAAGUUUUGUUGAAGUAUUUGGUCAUAGUUUUGUGUUAAAAGUUCCUGGGUUUAUUUUCAAGUUAAUAUUUGGAGCGGAACGUGCAAAAAUGGUUUUAGAGGGACAAGCUGUCCAACAAACCAAAUUAAAUAGCUUAAAUUUUAUGUACAAAUCUCCUGAUGUUAAAACAGCAUUGCAUCAUGUUUCCCAGGAAUAAUUUGGUGUAUUGUCAAUGGUUUCCUAUCAGUUUGAUAGUUUUAAAAAUAAAGAG